AUGGAAUCAAUUAUCCUCCCUUCACCGGGUCUUCACGAUGUAAUUGAAAACCUACAAGAUACUCCCGAUAAAUCAAAUGCAACCAAAAACCGAGCACGAUUGGCUUCGUUUUCCACAAGUCGAGAUUCGAGUAUUUCAUGGGGUCGACGACAUCACCAUGGUUCUUGGUUACAUUCCUUAGGAUGUGCUAGCAUUAUGAGUCUCUGUCCUUUGAUUGUUAUAUUUUAUUGGAUUGCACUCGCACGAUUUGAAGGUUCUUUGACUUCCGCAUACAAAUCAAUGGCAUCGGUGGGACCUGUCAAUUUCUUAUGGUACCAUGCACCACGAGGCAACCUAAGAACGAAUAUUGGGUAUGGAACUUGGCUAUUAUUCCAAGCAGGUCUUUACCAAUUCUUACCCACCAAAUUGAGCACCGGUCAACUCACUCCAGCGGGAAAUCUUCUCAAAUAUCGUACGAAUGGUCUCUCGGCUUGGAUUGUCACUCAUGCUUUGUUUCUCAUCUCAUCAUACUGCGGACUCUUGGAUCCGGCAAUUCUGGCCAAACAUUGGCAAGCAUUACUGGUCUCGGUGAAUGUCUAUGGGUUCCUGUUAUCUGGGUUUGCCUACUUGAAAGCUCACAUGAGUCCAACUCAUGAAGGGGAUCGAAAAUUCAGUGGUUCCAUUUUGUACGAUAUGUACAUGGGAAUCGAAUUGAAUCCGAGAUUCGGAAGGUACUUUGACUUUAAAUUGUUCCAUAACGGUCGACCUGGGAUCAUUGCUUGGACUCUCAUUGAUAUGUCCUUCAUCGCGUAUCAAUAUCAACUGCAUGGCUACAUUACCAAUUCUAUCAUUUUGAGCACUUUUCUUCAUAGUCUCUAUGUUGUGGAUUUCUUCAUCAACGAAGAUUGGUACCUUCGAACCAUUGACAUCUGUCAUGAUCACUUCGGGUUUUAUCUUGCAUGGGGAUCUAUGGUGUGGUUACCAUCCAUGUAUACCCUCCAGACGCAAUAUCUCUCAAGAAACCCUCACUCUCUAUCACCUCUUAGCGCCAUGAUGAUCUUUACCUCGGGCGUCAGUGGCUACAUCCUCUUCCGCAGCGUCAAUCACCAAAAAGAUCUCGUUCGUCGCACUAAAGGAAACUGUCAACUUUGGGGUGCCCCAGCCGAUGUUCUACACGUCACUUAUCGCACCAAAGAUGGUAAGAAACAUGAUAGUAUACUUCUUUGCUCCGGUUGGUGGGGUAUGGCUCGACAUGUUAACUAUCUUGGUGACUUGAUCCUGUCCUAUUCCAUGUGCGCGGCUUGUGGUACCAAGAAUUUGUUACCGUGGACAUAUGCGAUUUUCAUGACGAUCUUGUUGAUUCAUCGCUGCUGGCGGGAUGAGGAGAGGUGCUCGAAGAAAUAUGGGAAGGGCUGGGAAAGUUAUUGUGAGAAGGUUAGAUGGGUUAUCGUGCCGGGUAUUUAUUAG